UGUAAUUUAGGCAACUAACCAAAGAAUCCCUGAGCCAGGACAACUUUCAGUGGAGAGGAAAAAAACAACACAGAGAUAAUGGCAGCAAUAGUUCCAAAAUAGCUCCAUCUAACAAAGAGACCGUGUUAAACACUGAAGCACUGGGUCAGGUGUAGUUUCUAGGGGAAAGAAAGUACACAACGUUUAUAGCAAUAUUUUUUGAAUGAGUCAGCCUUGCAAGGAGACAGCUGAUUGAAGAAGCACUGGCAUACUUUCUAUGGAAUAAACUUGAUAUUUGUAAAUAUGGACAGAGCAACAAGAGAAAAUAAAGCAAAGGAAAAUACGCUCCCAUAAGUUCUGUUUUACUCCAGUUCCUGGUUCCGGGACCAGAUGCCUGUCACCUAUAGAUAAAUCCUGGCUCUGACACCCCCUCUGUUAAGCUGCUGCCGGUGUGACUGAGCUGAGGCUCCUUAUACAGAAAGCAUUGCUCUGAUAUGUCAGUGUCGGAGCCGCCGGUGCAGCGCCGCGCUGCUCCUGCUGCUCUUCCUCACUUUCCUCAUGCCUCGACCGGGAGUACAUUAUUUCCGAGGGGUCUUCGCCAACACGUCCAGCUGAGCGGAACCAGUCUUUAUCCGAUCCAAAUCCUCGCCACAGGGAGAGCGAAAGAGAGGUUCUCCUCCCUCCGUUCCCUUUCGUGAGGAGACUGCAGCUGUUGGGGCUUCACGUCCAGGCCGCCCCGCGCCCUUCUCCCCCUCCAACAUCACAGGGAAGCCACGAACGGCUUGGCUUGUUUCCAGAGAGGCUCCGAUCCUGCAGCCACGUCAAUCACGUCUUCACCGCUGGCUGCGGGGCGGCCCUCGUGGCCGGGAUGCCGCUGUGUGCCGUGCCAGUCCACUGUGGAUGGUGAGGGGCCAGAGGAAGGAACCGAGUGCCGGAGACUGAGAGGAAGCAGCCUACACCAAACAGGAGAGAUGAACCUUUGUUGGAAUGAGAUCAAACGAAAGUCCCACAACAUUCGGGCACGGUUCGAAGCUUUCUCCGACAACAGCGGGAAGCUGCAGCUCUCUCUGCAGGAGAUCAUAGAAUGGCUGACAGCCAAGGACGAGGAGUUAUCAGAGCAGCUGCCCAUAGGAGGCGACGUGGGGGCCGUCCAGCACCAGAGAGAGUUCCACCAGGCAUUUAUGGAGGAUGUCAAGUCUCGCGGGCCCUUCAUCUACUCGGUUUUGGAGUCUGCCCAGGCCUUUCUGGCUCAACACCCCUUCCAGGAGCCCGAGGAGACCCUGGCCGAUGGAAAAGAGGUAUCUCCACGGCGGCGGAUUCUGAAUGUGAGUCGAUCUGUGUGGAAGCAGGCGAACGUGGCCAGCGACCUGUGGGAAAAACUGACAGCUCGCUGCGUGGACCGCCACAGGCACAUGGAGAGGACAUUGGAGCGCCUUCUGCAGAUCCAGGCAGCCAUGGAGGAGCUGGCAGGGGCUCUGGAGCAGGCAGAGGGUGUGAGGGACGCCUGGGAGCCUGUUGGCGACCUCUUCGUAGACUCUCUGCAAGACCACAUUGACGCCACCAAGUUAUUCAAGGAGGAACUCUCACAGGUGAAGGAGGGCAUGAAGCAGGUCAAUGAGUUAGCUCACCAGCUGGCGAUCUCUGAUGUCCAUUUGUCGAUGGAGAAUGCCCGUGCCCUGGAGCAUCUCAACAGCAGAUGGAAAGUGCUUCAGGGCUCCAUAGAAGAGCGGCUGAAGCAGCUCCAGGAUGCACACAGAGACUUUGGCCCUGGAUCGCAGCACUUCCUCUCCAGUUCAGUACAGAUACCAUGGGAGCGUGCCAUCUCCCCAAACAAAGUGCCCUACUACAUUAACCAUCAGGCCCAGACAACAUGCUGGGACCAUCCAAAGAUGACAGAGCUGUACCAAGCGCUGGCGGAUCUGAACAACAUCAAGUUCUCUGCAUACAGAACAGCUAUGAAGCUUCGACGGGUUCAGAAGGCGCUGAGAUUGGAUUUGGUGGCGCUGAGCAGCCUGGUGGACGUGUUUCGGGAGCAGGAGCUGCAGCAGGGGGAGCAUGUGAUGGAUGUAGUGGAGGUGAUUCACGGCCUCACAGCCAUGUACGAGCGGCUGGAGGAGCAGAGGUCCAUUCUGGUCAACAUUCCUCUCUGCGUUGAUAUGUGCCUCAACUGGCUGCUCAAUGUUUAUGACAGUGCCCGAAAUGGCAAAAUGCGAGUUCUCAGCUUCAAGAUGGGACUGGUCAGCUUGUGCAAUGCAGACGUCCAAGAGAAGUACAAAUACUUGUUCCGUCAAGUGUCUGGUCCUGGAGGUUUGACAGACCAGCGUCACCUCAGCCUUCUGCUACAUGAAGCCAUCCAGAUACCCCGCCAGCUGGGUGAAGUCGCAGCCUUUGGUGGAAGCAACAUGGAGCCAAGCGUUCGAAGCUGCUUCCGCAUGGCCCCUGGGAAACCUGCCAUUGAGGUGUCUCAUUUCCUGGAAUGGAUGAGCCUCGAGCCCCAGUCGAUGGUUUGGCUGCCUGUCCUCCAACGUGUAGCUGCUGCAGAGUCAACCAAGCAUCAGGCCAAAUGCUAUGUCUGCAAACAAUGCCCCAUCAAAGGCUUCAGGUAUCGUAGUCUGAAGCAGUUCAAUGUGGACAUCUGCCAGACAUGUUUUUUAACCGGCCGCACAAGCAAGGGCAAGAAGCUGCACUACCCCAUCAUGGAGUAUUACACGCCAACAACCUCGGGAGAGAAGAUGAGGGACUUUGCCAAGACUCUGAAGAACAAGUUCAGGUCAAAGCAGUACUUUACAAAGCACCCGCAGAGAGGCUACCUGCCAGUACAAUCUGUACUGGAAGCUGAGAGCUCAGAGACCCCGUGCUCCUCACCCAGGCUGCCCCAUGCAGACACACACAGCAGGAUUGAACACUACGCCAGCAGAUUGGCAGAAAUGGAGAACCAGAAUUGUUCAUUCUUCACAGAUAGCCUGUCUCCAGAUGAGAGCCUGGAUGAAGAUCAGUACCUCCUGCGUCACUCCAGCCCAGCCCUGGACCACGAUUCACCCUGCGGGCAACACAUGCUGUUGGCUCACUUGGAGCAUCAGGACAAGGAGCAGCUCCAGUGCACCCUGGCCCGCCUGGAGAAUGAGAACAGGGUGUUGCAGAGCGAGUACAGGCGACUCAAGUGGAAACACGAAGAGGCAGCAGCGCUUCCCAUGCUAACUGAAGCUGGUGAGGGCGGUCCAGGGUCACCAACAGCAGGAGGGGCGCAAGACGAAGAGCUGCUGGCUGAGGCGCGGGUCCUGCGGCAGCACAAAACCCGCCUGGAGACCCGGAUGCAGAUCCUGGAGGACCACAACAAACAGCUGGAGUCGCAGCUGCGCAGGCUCAGGGAGCUACUGCUACAGCCCAAAGAUGAUUCAGAGGCGAAUGGAUCUGAGCUGUCAACGCUGUCCUCUCCAGUGUCAGGAGGGGGUCACCAAGGGGAGCCACCCAGCAGGGAGACCACUGACACAGAAGCAGCAGGUGAUGAUCUGCAGGGCGAACAGGACACAGUGCUGCAGCUUCAGGAGGUCAUUGAACAACUGAGAAACGUCUUCCCCUCAGAACCGGGCACCACAUCACACAUCUAACCCUGUGAGGGGCCUGAAGAAGUAGAAUGACAGCCUUCAAAUGAGGCUGCAGGUCAGACGACGACACGUCAAAUCCUGCAACUGCCGCAGCUGCGACAUUGAGAACUAACCCUCGUCCGAAACGCUGUGCACUAAAAGCCUUUCUCAUGCAAACUGCCGAAGGCUCUUGUUGAUGCCCUUUUUGGCCAGGCUGUGCUUCAUAAGUUCAGUGACAGCAUGUUAAGGAGCCAAGAGGAAUAUAUUGUUAGCAGAAGGUCAGGGGAAGAAAAACUAAACGUCCAACCAAGACACUGUGCUUACCAGUAUUUGUGUAGUCGUUCAGAGGUGUGAAGCUUUAUAACAGUUCAGAGCACAAAGUCCAGAAGAAGAACUUGAAAAAAUACAAAAUUGAAUGGGAAAGGAAUCACACGUGUUUUUAUGUUUGAAUGUGUUAUCAUGGUUUAUUUUUCAAUUUUAGGUCAUUAUAUCAAGUCUCUGCUGACUGAGAGAUGCAAAUUGGAGCAGAGAGCCGCCAAAAGAGCGCAUUUGUUUUUUUUGUGAGAAAUCCAUGAUUUAUUAAAGACUGCCCAAAGUGCCCGCCAGCACAGCAACUCUGUUUGCACACAUUGCGUUUCCCUUCUCACUCUGCUUGUCGCUCUCAUCGCUUGCCUCUCUUAAGUGAGCCCUUAACAUGUAUGCUGCUAUACAAACACCUCAUUCCGAUUCCACCUGCAUUCUAGUUAAAUGCACAAAGAGCUUCUGCAUAAUCAAUAAUGUGCUGUUUAAAAACAUGCACCCCACACACACUUUCAAAAACUUAGAAAUUGAUUUAUUUUUCAUCAAAUGAUUCAUGCAAAUGACGUGUUUUGAGCCAAUUUUCAUUGUUCCUGGAACUCUGCGUUGUUGAGGAAAUGUAUGCCGAUAAGUAGCAUGCAUGCCUCCUCCCAGGGAUCUUAUUGUUUUCAUGCUGUGUGAAGAGAAAUUGGCAGAAGGAGCUCAGGGCUGAAACCCUCCCUCUCUCUGCUAGGCCAAUUUCAAAAACAACAGGAAUCUAUAUAAGGCUCAGCACCCUAAUGCAGUCCUUCAGCAUCAUUAUCCAUAGUAAUCUUUUCAUCCUAUGUAGCUGUGGAUUUUGCAUUUAUUAUUCUCCUUUGACAGAACAUAUUUACACAUAGAAAAGUAUGUGUGAUUGGGAGGACAGACCUCAUUAUUUACACGCCUUGUAAGGGUAUUUAUACCCCUUGAAUGUUUUCACAUUUGGCAACGUUACAACCACAAACAAAACGUGCUUUAUUGGGAUUUUGUGUGAUGGACGAACAUGAAAUAUUGCAUAAUGAUGAAGCAAAAGGAUAUAUAAUGUUCAGGCUUUGUUUACAAUUAAAAAAUAGAAAAUUGUCACGUGCGUAUGUUAUCAGCCCCCUUUAAUCCAGUACCCUUAAAUAAAAUUCACUACAAUCGCUUUCAGAGGUUGCCUAACUAGUAAAUAGGGUCCACUUGUGUGUAAUUUAAUAUCAGUAUAAUUACAGCUGUUAUAUGAAUUCCUCAGAUAUUUGUUUGAAAACAUUAGUGAAUAAACGGGAUCAAAAAGACCAAGGAAUGCAGCAGACAAGUCAGGAAGAAAGUGGUGGAGAACUUUGAAGUGUGCUUAGGUUACACAAUAAUGUCCUAAACUUUCAAUGUCUCACUCAUCAGUUCAUCAUUGGAAAAUGAAACCAGCAUGGCACAACAGCAAACCCACCAAGACAUAGUAAUCCACCUAAACUGGCAAGCUGGCCAAGGAGAGAAUUAUUCAGAGAAGCAUCCACGAGGCCCAUGGUAACUCAGAAUGAGCUGCAGAGAUCCAUAACCCAGGUGGGUGAAUCAUUUGCAGGACAACUACGAGUCAUGUACUUUGUAAAUCAGGCCUUAAUGGGAGAGACGCAAGAAAAAAGCUAUUGACAGAAAGCCUUAAGGAGUCCCACAGUUUUGCUACAAGGCAUGUUGGGGACAUAGCAAACAUGUGAAAGAAGCAACUCUACUCAGAUGACACCAAACUGAAAUAGUUUUGUCCUACAAAAUAUUACCAAUGGUUCACAUCAACCUGAACACACUAUCCCCACUGUGCAACAUGGUGGUGACAGCAUGCUGCUGAGGGGAUGCUUUUCUUUAGCAGGGACAAUGAGGUUGGUCAGAAUUUAUGAAAAGAUGGAUGGAGCUAAACAUGGAGCAGUCCUGCAAGAAAACCUAGUAGAGGCUGCAAAAGACUUGAUAGAGCAGAUUCACCUUCUAGCCGACCUACACACAGCCAGAGCUCCAACUGAAUGGUUACAUUUAAAGCAUAUUCAUGUGUUAGAAUGUCCUUAAGUCCAAAGCUAAAUCCAAAUAAGAAUCUAUGAGAAAAUAGCCUAAAAUUACAGUUCAAAAUUGCAUCAAUCUAAGCUUGAGCUCUUUUACAAAGAAGAAUGUACAACAAUUUCAGGCUACAGAUGACAAAGCAAAAGUCUUGCAGCUGUAAUUGCAGAGAAACAAAGGUUUCUCAAUGUUUUGAAUCGGGGGGUUAAUACAAAUGCAUGCAACACUUUUCAGAUUUGUUAAUAUGUUUAUUUUUUUAGUGAAGUGCAAUUUUUCCUCCGUUUUACAAUGAUGCUUUACUUUGUGUUGGCCUUCACAUCAAAUCUUAAUUAAAUACAAUAGCUGUAAUGUGACAAAAUGUGAAAAGUUAAAAGGGUGUGAAUACUUUUACAAGGCACUGUAAGUUAUGGCAUGCAUUUUCUUGUAAACAUUAUUAAUGCCUUAAGAACAAAACUGAACUGUAUGACAGAAGUAAGUUUUUCUAAACUUUUUUCAUUUUCAGGAAAGGAGGUUGCAUCAUAUGUUUGUGUCAGUCUUUAGAAAGAUGUGUUGCUGAUUGAAAGUGAUGGAACAAAAGACAUGAAGUGAGGAUCACAGCAUAGUUGAACAUUCAUUGGUUGAAAGCAGUCAAACAGGUUCGCAAGUGACUCAACCCAUGAUGCUUGGUGCGCUCGGAGGGACUACAGAUCUGAAAGACAUAAAAGGAGGGCAGAAAAUACUAAAACAAAAAGAAUUAUUGCAUUUAUCGCUGGAGGGCUGGUGGAAGAGAUCCACUUUGAUGUGCCUGUCAUUUCUAUAUGCAGCGCUGGAGUUUACCUGAGAAAAUGAAACUCUGGCUCCUUGUGUUGCUGCUAAAUUAAACCACUUUAUUGUUCCAGAGAAGACAGAGAUUUUCGAGUUGAGAAAUUCAUCCUAACUCUGAAGUAGAAGGUGCUCUGACCUCACAAACAUGAGUUUGAAACCUGUCUGCUGCAUUCAUUACGUUGUCAAACUACAGGCUCACAGCACUCACUUUUGACACCGUCCUCCUCAGCACUUGCUGUCUGUUAGUUUUGAUACCGUUGCUAGGGAACUACCCCCAAGGACACAGUACCGCAGGUUUGUGAGAUGGAUAGAUGAUGUGCAGUUCAUAUUAAAAAUGCUAAUAGCCUUAAGGGAAGCAAGAGAAAGCUCUUUGUUUCCCAAACACCAGCCACCAUUUCUCCACCUCCACAAGAGCUUGCUCCCAUUUAGCUGCUAAGGGUAGUUGAGUCAAGUCAGCUUCAGAUUCCCUUUUUUUUGAGCAGAAACUCAGAUUUUGGAGGGGGAAAAGCCAUGGCGAGCAGUGUUUACUCAAUGUGAUUUAUCUCUGAUUAUUUACGCAUCUCAUUAAACAAUGGUUACCCAUCACGUACAUCGUCUCCAUACUCCGGUGAAGAUGCACAACAAAAGUAGCAGUAACAAACUGAAAAAGACGAGGAGGCAUUCAGAACAUGUCAGCUGUUAUUUAUUUUAAUAUCAUACAAUUAUGGCAGUUACAUAAAUACAAGUAAUGCAUAUUUAAUGACGUUACAUUGCUCGUUAGAGUUUGUUGAGAGUGACUCAGACACAGUGAAUCCAGUAACUUCAAUAAUAAUCAGCCUUAAUGGCUGAUGUAUGGGAGAAAUCAAUCAACGAAUUACAAAAUACUUUUUUGCUGUGUUCCAUUUAGCUUGAAAGUUGGAACUUGGAAUCCUGCUUCAGUUGCACAUUGGAAAACCCAAUUUGCCAAUAGGGAGGGGACUCCGGCUUUAGACUGAUAUCUAUUCUGGUUAGACACAGUCUUUGCGACUCAAAAACACAGAAAAUAUUUAAAAGAGUUUCACUUUUACCCAUGCUGGAUAUAUUCUGAUUACCGUCAUUACAACUCCAAAUAAAUCAAAUCCCUUUACUGGAAAUAACAAAACAAAGAGUGAUUUGGCUACGUGCUUCUUAACAUGCAGCAGAAAGUUUAGUCACUGGCAGGAAAUCUGUGCUUUGACAUUUCAAGGCUGAUAACUAUUGAGAGCCAAAAGUGGCACAUCUAAAUGCAUAAAUAAUUUAUUAAAUAAACAUUGAUCUAUGUGGUAUGGGCAGAAACUUAAGCUAUCAGAAACUAAAUUUGAAAUACUCUGAGACUGAAUGUGUAUUUGCGUGAUUUGAAUUGAAAUUUCCUGGUUUCAAAAUUAAUUUCACCAAAGUAAAACAAAAUUUUAUGGUUUGAAACUAAAUUCAUUUCCUUAACAAAAUUAUUUUGUUGUAUCAAAAACUCUGUUUGAUUACUUUCACUUUCAGUUCUAUAAUUAAAUUUCAGUUCCAAAAUUCAGUUUUUUUGUGUCACACAUCUGGGCCAUGAGUAAUCAAACACAGAUUCACAAAUUCCUGGAUGUCAUUAUUGCAGUGGUCAAAUUCUGGGGCUACAUCCUUCGAAGGCCAUAUUUGUAGGCCGAUUACGUCAUGACGAAGCAAUAAAGGCUGCCCAAAGGUUUUUUCCAUAGAUUGGAAAGAUGGGGAUGGUGUAUUCUUCGUGGCCCACCCUAUCCCAUGAUUCAUUGCAUGUUGAAGCUGAUUGUUUAAAUGGAAGUAGCAAUGGCGGAGGAGAGAGAAAAGCUGUGACUAAAGUUGGAUAUACUGUGCUUUCUGUGAAACAAAAUGAACUUUUACAAUGUUUUCCGCCAAGAAGGUAGCUGUGUAAGCUUAAAAUACUGUAUUUGCUUGUUUAAUGAAGAUAUCGCUUAAUUGCAAAAGUGCUCUGACGUGUUCGGAGAUGUCUGCUCCAGACCAAAUGGUCGAGGAGCACCAAACCCAGAGAGAAUAGCCAAAUCCCGGCACAUUGUUUUCAAACUCCCACUGAGUUUCCCCAAUGGAUGGAAGUUAAACAGAUAUAAUUCAGUCUGAUGAUAUCUAUUGUUAAUGUUCGGUUUAUUUAUUAUUAUUAUCAUGCGCUACAAAUAAAAUUAUUUAAACCUUGUUUAGAAAGUUAAUAUGUUAUUUUUAAAGUUGUUACAAGUUUACAAAUAAAUUAAAUAGCAUUUGUUAUCAAUGUAUUAUCUUGUAUACGUUUCUGCCCCUAGAGAUGUUAUCAUUCAAAUAAAAUUGGAAAUACAUACCUUAAAUAAAUAUUUAUAUUUAAAUAUUUAAAUGUUUUAAUAAUAUAAUAAUUACCAAAAUAACUAACUGUGAUCAUUAUUAAAUACAUGUAUAUUCCUUUAUUGUUUAAAGCACAUUUUUAACUGUUUAGUUAUUUAUUUUUACUAUUAGGUAAUCAUGAAUUACCUCAAUUUACUUUGUCUACCUCACAGCUAAUAAUGCUAUAAACUAGGUGAUUAGUCUGCAAGUGAGUAGCUGUGCAGGUAACUAAUCAGAUGUUAGGGUCUCUGCUGAUCCAUAAGUACAAUUUGAAUCUUUUAUGUUGGACUGUUAAAAUAUUAAGUAAUUAAUACUAAAACAAUUACAUAUGAUUUUUACAUGAAUUCAUGUGUCAGUUGAUGAUUUUGGUGUUUAUUCAUUUAGUGUUGAAUUUAUUGAAUUAUUGACAUGGCAGUGUAGUAAUAGAUAUUUUCAUUCAUUUAAUGUACUGCAAUUUGUUUAAAAUUAUCACAUACCUAGUUAUUUAACACAUUUUUUUUUAUUGCAUUGUAGCAUUUAUGGCCCUUAGCAAGGAUUUUUAACAUGUUAUACAUGAAAAUAAGAGCUGCAUGAUAUUAGAAAAACAGAGAUUUUAUUGGUUAAUGUUGUGAUGAUGAUUUCAGAUAAAAUUUUAAAUUAAAAUUUCACAUUUUCCACACUUUUAUUUUCUUUUUUCUUCCCCCUGACAAUCCCACAACUCUCCUUGCGUUUUAGCAUUUAGUGUUAUUAAGAUCUACAGUGUAUCAAGUGUGGCAUGAAAGCCAAUGAUGGUAUUCAACUGCAUAAUUAUUGGCAAGCAGAAUUGUGGUCCCAGAAAUGUUAUGAUCUACAAAAUAUUGCUUCGAAGCAGCUCACAUAAUGAUAUUGCCAACAUUAUUGGGAUUUGCUAUUUCAUGCUGCUCUUAUGAAAAUAGCAUCCUGUAGAAGCACGUUCACUAAAAAAACUAUUUAAUGAUGUAAAAACCAUCAGAAGAGCAUAUAAACAGGUUUUUUACUGCAGUGUUAUACGUGCAGUAGCCAUUUUGGAUUUGAAGAUAUAAAUUAAUUUGAUGUUUUUUUGGAAGUUUGAUUUUGAUUGGCAUUUCAGGUUAUUUUUCCUACUAAGAACAUGACAAUUUCAACUUUCAAGUGCGAAUGGAAUGCAGCAUUAUACUUUUUUAACCUCCUGUAGGAGCUAGCUGGACUGCACCGCUAAAGCUAGCAUAAACUUACAUAAACAAGAACAAUAAGUGGAGAUUUGGUUUCAGCUAUGGUAUUUCUUAUGUCUUUCUUCCUGUGUACCAAUACUACAGAUACCUUAACAAUGUUUCUCCCCACAUCUAGAAAAACACAAUGUCCUGCUGCUUGUGUAAAGUUUCUGUUGAGGUCAGUUGUUACAUCCUUCGCCUACCAUCAGCAAGUCCUCACCUCCCGAGUUAAUGAUUGAGUCUCACCUGUGAUCAGAUGAGGUUUCAUUUAUAAUCGUAAUCAUACUCUUAUUAUAUUUUAUUACCUAUAUUGCCUCCUCAAACAUGCACACUAACAGUCCUUGCUCCGUGCUGCAUGUUGAAGACUGUGUCUUUGAAGAUAAAGGCUCUCCACAGGGGCAAGCCCCCAAAAGAACAUUGUGAUCACUGGCCAAAAAUGCUCACAGGCAUCAUUGUUGUCCUGCCUUUGCCUGAUACCCCCGCCCACCCCGUGUUGCAUCUGAUCAUGUAACAAGAGCUCAUGUAUUUCAUAUAACAUGUAACAGGAUUAUAUAUCACCCAACCUUCAUCUUUUUAUUUACACAUAAAAUUAUUUAUUCAUACUGGUGAAAUGAGGUUUCUUUGUUUUGUUUAACUCACCACUAGUAUACCUCAUAAAUCGCCUUGAAGUUCAUUGUUUAACAGUUUUGAUUUCCAUUAUCAUCCAACACUUUCUCCUGUCUACUCUCUGGAGUUUUUAAUCUGUAUCAGAGGUUUUCUGAGGAGAAGCUUUUUAUUGUAAUAACAAGUGGGUUACUGGCUGCUUUCUACUCUUUGUGUACAGAAAUAAAACUUUGUAUUUGGCAAA